AUGAAAUCCCGACACAUUGGUCUAUGCUUAGUAUGUAAUGAUGCUGCUGUUGGUAUUAAUUUUGGUGUACCAACAUGUAUGCCAUGUAAGGCAUUUUUUAGACGAAAUGCUGUUAAACUUGGUACAAUUGAUUUUAUUUGUCAAGAAGAUGGCGAUUGUCCAGUAACAUAUGAAUCUCGUCGUAUAUGUAAUUGCUGUCGAUUAGCAAAAUGUUUUCGUGUUGGAAUGCAAAAAUCAUUAAUUUUAUCCGACGCUCAGAGAUUAGCACGAAAAGAACUCGUUCAACAAAAUCGACUGAAGCGUGGGCAAUCAAAGGCACAGAAUUUAAGUUUAGUACAUGAUAAAAUACGUUUACUUCGAAAUCAUUUUGGAGGAAUGAUUACUAUGAAUGAAUUAAUGCUGGCUAGAUGUAUGCAUGAAAAGGCAAUAGCUUCAAUCAAUAAUAUCUUUGGUUUUAAUCUAGCCAAGGAUAUUAUAGAAGCUUCAGAGCGAAUACUUCCAUAUACAUAUGAUCCUAUUUUACUUAAACUUAUUCUUAUUGUUCGAAGUUUAUCGAGUGGUAUUAAUAGAUAUCGUAAAGAUACAGAUAUGGAUCGUAUUUUUAACAAUACAUUAGCAGUAUUUGCUGGUCAAAGUGUUUAUGUUGAAUUAUUAUGGCGAUAUAUCAUGUCAAAAGUAUCGUCCGAACAAGAUGCAGUAAAAUUUUUCAACAAACUUAUCUUAGAUUUACUUUAUCUUCAACGUUCUUGCUUUGCCAUAGAACGCAACAUGUAUCGUCUAGGACAUGAAAUAGAACAAAUGAAGCCAUUAAUGCAAAGUAUGUGGCCUAGAAUUGAAAACAUUGAUGAGAUAGAUUAUGAUAAUGAUAUGGAUAUGGAACCUUGCUUAUAG